UUAGAUACCUAUGUAUUUUUUGUGAUGAGCAGUUUUCGCUGUACUCGAUAUAGUGUUAUCUACUUAUUCUAUGCAUAUGAGAUUGUUGUUUCGUAAUUUACUCGUUUUGUGGUCGGAAUUCAGUUAGCAUGUCUAACAAUGAAAACAAUGGACUUCAAAACGCUAAUAGAGAAGGGGUAUAGAAAGAUUGAUUUUCUACGUUUCAUAUAAUAUUAAACUGGAAUCGUAUAUAAAUAAUGAAAAACUAACCUAAUAACUUUACCAAAGACAGUACCAAAUAAUUAUUGUAAGGAAAUAAACUACAAACAUGCCAGAAAUAGGGUCUAUAAUGCGUACGCUCGAAUUGCACCGGCUAGUAGAAGACAAAGUCUCCGAGUGGCGUGCUAGGUCAGCCCGGGUCAGCGGUGCAAGUGUGGUCGACUCUUAUCAGCAACCACUGAACUUCAAACGACACACAAACAGACGCAAAAACAGUGCUGAAAUUAAUAGAAUUAUCGCAAAGUACUCCAAACCCAAUAAGCGAACGGACGAGCCAUAUAUUAUUUCCAAGAAUAUAGAAAAACCACCAACUCGCCCACCGAGGCCAAAAAAACUUUUAUCGAGAUUAAAAGUGAUGUCCAAGAGUGAAGAUAAUCUUACUAGCGUUGUUGGCGCAAUUGAGUUACAUCCAAACCCAAGAAUAAAUGCAGUACCUGAAAUAAAAUCGUUCAAAUAUAAUGCUAAAAGCUGUGAAGAUAUUACGGUAUUUCUUGAUAUAGAUUGCAAGAUUAAAAGUAAAAAUUUCGAAGAAAAUAGCAUUUUGAAUGCAAAGAGUGCACCAAAGAAUACAAAAACUAAAUUACACAGUAUAAACGAAGAUUUGUUAGAUUAUACAGUGUUCAGUGAUAAUAAUAAAACAUUUCGUGGCAAUUUUGUUACAUCAACACCAUUGUCUAAACGAAAAUCUUGCCCUCCUAGUGAUUGUGUAUCAGUGAAUGGUUUUGAAAAGUGUAGCAAAUAUUCAACUAGUGUAAAUGAUCUAAGAAAAGGGAUUUCGGAACCGGAUAUUUUAAGUGCUGAUAGGAGUACAGAGUCUAUGGACGCCACUAAGAGUCUCGACUUCAGAAGACGUUGGAAAUUGUUGAAGCCUUUUCCAAAAGGAACUUUUGAUGGUUUAUUACGGUGGCGUAAGAAGAAACCACAAACUACCAACGAUACACCUCGCAGAAUUCAAGAAGUGGAUGACAGUUUCUUCGAGAAGUUUGGACAGAUUCUUAGGCAAGCCUCGCAAAGGGCUGCUUUAGAAGAGGCAACGCCUUUAGCACCCUUCAAAGAAUCUGAAGAACAAGACGGGGAUCAGAAUGUUGAAGAUUCACAGAUUGAGAGUCGCAGUCUCGCCGAUAGUGGGCAUGGGACACUCGUCGAUGCCGAUUCGGAGCCUGGUGAUCUCGAAAAAAUAGACUUAUAUGAAGAGGCAGUAGGGUGGAAUAUUGAUGAACUUUACUUGGAAGUUUUAUAUGAGAUUCUGCACAAUGUUGGUGGCUGCGAUGCAGGGAGCGAAGUCGGCCAGGCGGCAAUGCUCUCGUACGUGCAAGAAGCAUUCAAAAUUUCGAAUGAUAAACACACCCAACUGUUGACAACAGCCGAGGCUAAAGAACCUCCAGAGUUAAUGUUAAAUGUAGAAGUCGUUGAAGCCAAAGACCUGAUGCCCAAAGAUCCGAAUGGAAUGAGCGACCCAUUCGUAACAAUAUACGUGAUGUCUAAUACAGCACAUCGGUACAAUACCUCUGUGAAGUCAAUGACGCUAAAUCCUGUUUGGGAAGAGCACUUUUCUCUACCAAUGCCAGGUAACCUGCACGAAGAUUCGCUCUGUUUAGAAGUCUGGGAUUUUGAUCCAGCGGAGACUGUAAAGGAGAAAAUGACUAAAUUGUUUGAGGUGAAGGGUGUGAAGGGACUUCGGAAGUUGAUGAAGGAGAUCGCCAUCACAGCUUCAACUGGGAGACAUGACAACGAACUCAUUGGUACUGCUAAUAUUCCGCUCACGUCUAUCCCAGCGGGCGGUAUGACGAUGUGGUUCAAUUUAAGCAAAAAGAACAAGCUGCGGAGGCAAGGUGUGGUGAAAGUCCGACUCUCCUUUUCCUCAGAGAAGAACUCACUGGUGGCCGCACAGGAGCACCGACAUCUGCUCAGAAUACUUCUAUUGCAUGAGCUUGAGAAUUCUAAGGUCGCUCCUUAUUGGUGGUGUGGAAACUUCAGCGGUCCAGCUGAAGCGAUCCUCAUCCAGCACGUAGCGCAGAGCGGGCUCUCCCCCACUGACAAAGAGCUCGCGCAGUGGUCUGUUUACUGCGCGGUCACCGUCGACCACCCGUUAAGCUUCGCCCUCUUCAAUAAAUUGCUUGAAAAGAUCGCCAAACCAUUACAAUCUGGACUUGUUAAAGAAGAGGAUGUAAAGCUAUUUUGGGAUGGUGCGAAGAAACUUCUACCGACAUGUUAUAGUUAUAUUAGAAAACUAAGGAAAAAGACGGCGGGUGAUAAAACCGCAAUGAAAACGCUAAGAGAAGUUCUUAAUAUUUUGUACACUCUUUCUACGUUAGAUGUGCCAGAUACGAUAGAUCUGUUUCCUAGCAAUCUGUACGGUUGGUUACCUAAUGACGGGAAGAAAAAGUCCAUUCAAGAAGUAUUAAACCAAGCUGUAAUGCAAGGGGCUUCAGAUUGGUUCGUCCAUAUAGUUGAUAACAACGAAUGCAAGGAGACAACAGAAGAAUCUCGAUUGCAACAUUUAAUUAGAGUUAUACAAUUAGUGCGCUCGGAUUUACAACGAGCAAUAGAAUAUUAUGAUAGAGUUUUUGUCGAAACGAUGAAUUUCCAAUACUCCAAAGCUUUAUAUGGAUUAUACGAACAAAAGGUGGCUGCGUUAGUAGAGCCAGAGGCUAAAGAAGUUUGCAAAAGUCUUAAACGGUUGCAAUACCAUGAAGGUUCUACGAAAUCUAUACAUUUGGCGGGGGGCAUCAAUGGGGAGUCAACGUUGGGAACACCUCAAGUCGAAAAUGAGCCACUUGCAAUGGGGACCACAUUGUUUGAAUUAUAUUUGACUCUUCAGAGAUUUUUAACGUUAGGCCAAGGUUUGAACGAAACUGAUUGGAAUUCGUACGCUAUAUCGAAGUUUCACUCGUGGUUCUUUGGUGGUGUAGCUCAAUGGUUGGAGAUCGCCGCAUUCAAAGCUCUCACGCGUAUAGAAAAAGCGGUGGAGUUAGAUAACCUCGUGCCAGUGGACACCAAUGUGAAAUAUAGCAGUUCUGGUGUAGACACAUUGGCCAUAUUCUACCAGAUCAAAAUAUUUUGGCAACAGUUAGCUUGGCCCGAUGUUGAGGGCUGUUACACUUUUGUGGCAAAAAUUAUUGACGACAUCUGUCGGUGCUGCGUGUUCUACUCGGAGCGGAUGGCAGCGCGGGUGGAGGCGGCGGGCGCGGGCGGCGAGGUGAGCUCGGUGUACGAGCGCCGCUUCGAGGUCACCACCGAGUGGUGCGUGGCCGUCAACAACAUCGACUACGUGCGCCAGAGCCUGCCGCCGUUCGCCGCCGAGCUCGCCAUCGACGACAUUAUUGAGAGCAUGUGCGAGUCUAGGACACCGGCUGAAGCGCAGAGAUGCAAAGACACGCUGCAAAAUGUUAUAAGCAAUGCCAUAGACACUGUUAAAAAUAAUAUUGUAGAUUUAUUGGCAGUUAUGGUAAAAAAGAUGAUGCCAUCAGUAACUCGAAUGCUACUGGAAGGCGCCGAGCUACUUCACCAGGACUGUUCGAGUAUGGAGCGUGUGAUGCGAUAUAUCGAUACUAAUCUCAAUACUUUGUAUCAGCAUUUAAACAAUGAGAACUUCUCAAGAGUUCUGGACAUAGUGUGGGAACAGCUUGCAGAAGUGCUAUACGACCUUAUACAGACCAAUUUAGAGAACCGAAGGUCAAAGUUAACCCUACAUAAGAGCCAACAGCGCUUGAAUCAAACGACAGCUGCCUUCUUAGACGUGAAACGUCGACCGCCGGCUUUCUUUUCGAAUCUUCACGAAUGUUUAAAAAUUAUGAUACAAUCCUUCCGUCCAAAUAAUAAUAAAGAAGCAUACACAUCCGAUACAUUGAAAAGAGUAGAAUAUUUGCUGAAAAUUCACGGUAUGGAAACGAGAGAAUUAAUACACCAGUACCAUUUGGAGAGGUGGCAGGAGCAACAAGCGGUUGUGGAGCCCAAGAAUGGUCUGCUCACUGUACGCGCACAGUUUACAGAGAACAAUUUGAAGAUUGAGAUUAUGAAUGCUAGGAAUUUGACGCCCACAGAUUCUAAUGGCCUCUGCGAUUCGUACGUGAAGAUAAACUUGCUACCGGAGGACACGUUUGCGAACGUCGCCAGCCCGAAGACGCAGACUCACAAUAAGAAUCUCUUCCCACUUUACGACGAGAUGUUCCAAUUACCAUUAACUUCCGAGCAGCGCAAUACUCGGGACGGAUUGAUCCACAUGGUGAUCAAAGACAAGGACAUGUUCAGUAUGAAUAACACGUUUGUGGGCGAGGCGUACCUCCACUUUAGCGAGGUGCCUGACACGCCGGCCCCCAUCAGUAGUCUACCGCAGCAACAUCUCACUCUCAUCAGGCCCACUAAUAUUGACGGUGAUGCCAUCAAAGCACUGGAGUCACGACAAGGUGAUAAGCAAGCGAGAGAGUUUCUCAAGAAACAAAAACAAAAGUUACCCAGCAAACAAUUCUUUUCACUCGGUUGAGUUCUUCCUCAAUAUAAAUAAAAGCCCAAAAUAUAUUCGUUUAUGUAGGAUUAACAGCAAAAGUAUAAUGUCUUAUGAUAUGGAUGUAGUAAAUGCAUUGUUGCUGAGUUUGUGUAUUUGUGUAUUGUGGAAUUAUUCCUAUUUUUUAAGUAGAUCUCAUAGACUUCUUAAAUUAAAAAAUUCUGAAAAUUGGCUUCAAAAUUCUUUUUUAAACAUAUUUUGUAUCUUAAGGACGAGUAUUAAAUCGAUCAUUGUCCAUUAGAGGUCAGCCCCUUACUUAUACUGUACAAUUUUUUUUGUAUAAAUUUAACUUUCAAUGUCAAAUUAGUUAUUAAUUACCUAGUAGUGACAUUUUUAAACCUAAAAAUAUGAUCAUUACAUUUUAGUAAGGGGUACAUGUUAUAAUUUGCCUAUUUGCAUAAUUAUAUAGAAAAUCCACUAAUAACUAUUCAUAUAAUAGUACAUAAUAUUUAAUGCCAAAUCUGUAUUUUAGGCCGGGCUACUACGCUUGUUAUUUAUUCAUAAUACCAGUAAUUAAGUGGUCAAAGUUGAAAAAAAUACGAAGUGACUAUUUAGAUGUUAUCUUUAAAAUAUUACUUAACUAUUCCUAUUAUGUUACAUAAUAUAUAUUAUAAGUAAGUACAUAUAUUGAACAGUGUCAUGAUGAAUUGUGGAGGUUUAAUAAAUUAUGCUGGACGAAAAAUGUGUCGAUUAAAAAUCAUUAAUUAUUAUAAUGAAAUAUCUACAUACAUAGUGAAAGAUAUCUUUUUAAAGAAUAAAGAUAUUUACUUCGAUCCUAUACUUAUGCGGUAGUUUUGUAAUUGGGUAACCGCGUUUAUUUGAAAAAUUCUUCAAGAAAACUCCACUAUAAUUGCAAAAAUGUGCGUCGUAUUAGAAACUGGAGGUAAAUGUCACCUCUGGUUCCUAAUAAGGAAGCACAUACAAUGUUUACAGUAGGCUGAUAAUAGCUGAGGCUACCAUUUACUCUACUUGUAUGAAUGGAGUUAGGAAGAGAGAAAUUUUGUGUAGUAAAGUAUAAUGUAAAUGUAUGAUGUAACUAUAUAAAAAAUGUAAAGCAAUAUUAUAGCAACAUAACUAAUAUAAUGCCUUUAGAUUAAAAGAUGGCGACAGUACUGAAAGAGGAUCGGGUAAUUUAUGUACUAUAGCUACGUACAUAAUUAUACCUGCGAAUACUCUCAUAGUCGCUGUCUAUUUUGGGUAGCAAUAAUGUGUUUUUCUGUUCCGAAUUUCUAAUUCGAAAUUAAAUGUAAUUUAAAAUUACUUGUUUUCACAUUAGUUGUAGCAGAAAUUGUGGCUCUAAAAAGUACUUGUUUCGUUUUAGUAAUUCGGGUCAAAAUUAUGCGUAUUUUUAUAUGAAUGCAUAAAUUAUAAUGUAGUAUAUUUUUUACUAUUUAGUAGUUGCUAUGUACUGUGAUAGAGUCGUGCCUUUUACUAUUUAUUAUUAUAGGUAUGUACAUAAUUUUCCAUUUUGCAUGUGUGAAAUAUAUUUUAGUAAGUAGGUACUGAAUCACUGAUAUAUAAUUUAUUGUAUACGGUAUAAAAGUCGACCUCUGACUGCCCCGUUAGGGAUUAUAGUUGUGAGAAUGUUUAUUUUAUUUUUUUAUUGUAAAUAAAAUCAUCAAAAUUA